GUCAUUAUUGACAGCAUAACAAUGCCACUAAAUACACAUAAAAAGUCGAAAAAUCGAAUUGCGAGAAGAAUGGUGCACUUAAAUUAAAUUUCGUUGUUUCUAUUUUAAGUCCAAAGUUGGCACGCAAAAUUAAGUUUUAAUAAAUCUAAAGUGAUUAAAAAAACAACCGAACAAAUCCCAGGAUGAUGAUUGAAAACUAACUUAUAUCUGUUUUGUUUGGUCAUCGCCAGUGUCUGGAACUUCAGAAUUAGAAACACAGGCAACAUACAAAACUGACAACAUCAUAAUUAUUGAUAAAGAUGAAAGCAAUGUUUAUUUUUUAAGGCUAUCUGUAUACUCAGAAAAAUAAAUUUAACGAGCUAUGCCAGAAAAACGGAAUACACCGCAUGAAUUGCGUGUCUACAAAAUUGUGAUACUAGGUGAUGGAGGCGUUGGAAAGUCGGCUGUCACUUUGCAAUUCGUAAGUCAUAGUUUUACGGAUUACCAUGACCCAACUAUCGAAGACUCCUAUCAGCAACAAGCAGUUAUUGAUGGUGAAGCAGCACUGCUGGACAUACUCGAUACUGCUGGCCAGGUUGAGUUCACAGCUAUGCGUGACCAAUAUAUGCGUUGUGGCGAAGGUUUCAUAAUAUGUUAUUCAGUAACAGACAGACACAGUUUUCAAGAGGCGUCAGAGUAUCGCAAACUAAUUCAACGCGUAAGACUAUCUGAGGACAUACCAUUAGUGUUAAUAGCAAACAAGAUUGAUUUGGUGUUAGCAAGAAAAGUAACAACUGAGGAAGGAAAAAAUUUGGCUAAUCAGUUUGGCUGUCCUUUUUUCGAGACGUCUGCUUGUGAGAGGCUUUGCAUUGAUGAACCUUUCUACACACUUGUACGAGAAAUACGUCGAAAAGAGGCACAAGGUAGCGGUACAAGCUCGGAAAAGUUACAUUCCCGCCGCAGAAGUCGUUGGUGGCGGAUACGUUCGAUUUUUGCUUUGGUUUUUCGACGCCGCAGAAAUCUCAAUUAAGUGCACGGAAAUACAUUGAUAUGUCAUGCCAAUAGUAGUAAUUCAUGGGCAACUAUAAAGAUACACACUAUAAAUUGGAAAAGCAUGGGCAGACUUGUGAAGGUUGUAUUUCGACCCACUCUUAUCUUAUUAAUAUUUAUUUAAACCAAAUACAUUAAAAAUGCCAGUCUCUCCUACACCGGCCUCAAAAUUGUGUAGGCUUAUAAGUUCUUUAUGCUGACUUCAUAUAUAUGAUUGGCCAAAUUAUUUCACUAUCUGGUUUGCAGCACAUGCUGCACAUACAUAUACGUUAUAUGCACCAUUUGUUUGAAAUGACCAAGCUACAGCAAUUAGUAGUUUAUUGAUUCUUAUGGAAUUAUGGACAUAGUUACUCUAACUGUGUAAAGUCGAACGACCGAGGAUUGAAACACAUGUUACAUGUUUUUGAAUGAAAUUGAAUAUAUCGAAUCAAAUGGAUACUUUAUUUUAAAAUGUGAGUUCUAAACACAUUGAGAUUCAUCGAUACCAAAUAUGCAUGUCAUAUAAAAACAUCUUUGUACGUAUGUGAAACUAAAAAAAUAUAUGUAUAUCUGUUAAUAAACCAAGUAAUUAGCUCUUUAGUCGUGUCCUGUAAAUACAUAUGAAUAUAAAUAUGUAUGUAUGAAAAUUAAAUUUAUUAGAAAUGGAAGAACAUGAAACGUGGUGACGAAUAAACAGAUAUUAUACAGGUAAAAGAAAUAGAGAACCCAAAGUCUUCAGUAAACUGUUUUUUUAAGUAUACUAAAUCUCUAAAUGAGGUGUUGAUAAAACGUAUACACAAUUCUUCCAAAUGAAUUGAUUCAACCUUCAAAGUUAAAUUGCUAAAUUUAAUCAAAAAAAAAAAAAAUAUAUAUAUAUAUAAAGUUACAUAAAACUUGUUAAUUUUGUGCAAAAUAACUAGCUGUGUUAUACUCACAGGACAUAUUUGAGUGAGUGAUACAUUUUCUAAUGCGCCAACUAAUGCGAUCUCAAUCUAACACACAUAUAAGCCAUAUUACUAUUAUUGUUGGGAAAUGUUUCGAAUACUUCCAAACAUCACGCUAUCAAUCUCCUAAAUUUCUACUAAACAAACUGAUGUAAUUGUUACAGAUUUGUUAUCUACUCUAUAAUGCAAAACAUACUCAAUUAAGCAAAUAGUUUAAUUUCAAUUAAAAACUGUUAUUCUAUGGAUGUCAGAUUUUAGUGUGUUACUGAAUUCACUUUUGUUUAAAUUUAAUCUACUUAAGUAUGUAAUUAUUUAUGUAAUUUAUUUGUUGUUUUAUUGUAAUUGUUAUUGAAUAACUAUGUAAAUAUAUGUAUGCACAUAUUAUAAAUUACGUACAUUAUAACACUUAGGUAUGGUGUUCCAAUAAAAAUUGUUACUAAAAAAAAUUGCAAGAGUACAGCAGAAUUUUAGAUGGGCAGAUGCCAAGUAAGCAAAACGUAGCAACUGUAAGUUCCUUUAUUAUUGAAAGAUUUCAUUUGAUCAUUUUCAAAUAUAAUAUACCAACUAAAGAAAUACUGUAUUUAUUAAUUUCCUGAACCUUUUUGUAUAAAUUUAUUUAUUUAUAAUUAAAUAUUAUGCGUAACUCGUUAUAUACAUGUGUAAAUCGAAUGAAACUGGCUUUCGAAUAAACCGCAUAUUAAUCCAUUGUGAGAUAAUUGAGAAGUGUUAAUCAUAAAAUAUAUAUGUAUAGAGUUUUUUCUCAAGUCAAAUACAAGUACGUUAUAGUAAUAUUAUAGAACUUCGAAAAUUACGUAACAGAGACGAGAGCAGUGAAGUGUGGAUAAAACAUUUUAAUACAUCUCAACACUUUAAAACUUCAACCUUCGUUCUAAUAAAGGAAUUUCCAUUAAGAACAAUAUAUUUUGAAUUUGAAACAUUUGAAAUUUCACAUUUAUAUGCUCUUUUAUUUCGGCAGGCACAAGGUAGCGGUACAAGCUCGGAAAAGUUACAUUCCCGCCGCAGAAGUCGUUGGUGGCGGAUACGUUCGAUUUUUGCUUUGGUUUUUCGACGCCGCAGAAAUCUCAAUUAAGUGCACGGAAAUACAUUGAUAUGUCAUGCCAAUAGUAGUAAUUCAUGGGCAACUAUAAAGAUACACACUAUAAAUUGGAAAAGCAUGGACAGACUUGUGAAGGUUGUAUUUCGACCCACUCUUAUCUUAUUAAUAUUUAUUUAAACCAAAUACAUUAAAAAUGCCAGUCUCUCCUACACCGGCCUCAAAAUUGUGUAGGCUUAUAAGUUCUUUAUGCUGACUUCAUAUAUAUGAUUGGCCAAAUUAUUUCACUAUCUGGUUUGCAGCACAUGCUGCACAUACAUAUACGUUAUAUGCACCAUUUGUUUGAAAUGACCAAGCUACAGCAAUUAGUAGUUUAUUGAUUCUUAUGGAAUUAUGGACAUAGUUACUCUAACUGUGUAAAGUCGAACGACCGAGGAUUGAAACACAUGUUACAUGUUUUUGAAUGAAAUUGAAUAUAUCGAAUCAAAUGGAUACUUUAUUUUAAAAUGUGAGUUCUAAACACAUUGAGAUUCAUCGAUACCAAAUAUGCAUGUCAUAUAAAAACAUCUUUGUACGUAUGUGAAACUAAAAAAAUAUAUGUAUAUCUGUUAAUAAACCAAGUAAUUAGCUCUUUAGUCGUGUCCUGUAAAUACAUAUGAAUAUAAAUAUGUAUGUAUGAAAAUUAAAUUUAUUAGAAAUGGAAGAACAUGAAACGUGGUGACGAAUAAACAGAUAUUAUACAGGUAAAAGAAAUAGAGAACCCAAAGUCUUCAGUAAACUGUUUUUUUAAGUAUACUAAAUCUCUAAAUGAGGUGUUGAUAAAACGUAUACACAAUUCUUCCAAAUGAAUUGAUUCAACCUUCAAAGUUAAAUUGCUAAAUUUAAUCAAAAAAAAAAAAAUAUAUAUAUAUAUAUAAAGUUACAUAAAACUUGUUAAUUUUGUGCAAAAUAACUAGCUGUGUUAUACUCACAGGACAUAUUUGAGUGAGUGAUACAUUUUCUAAUGCGCCAACUAAUGCGAUCUCAAUCUAACACACAUAUAAGCCAUAUUACUAUUAUUGUUGGGAAAUGUUUCGAAUACUUCCAAACAUCACGCUAUCAAUCUCCUAAAUUUCUACUAAACAAACUGAUGUAAUUGUUACAGAUUUGUUAUCUACUCUAUAAUGCAAAACAUACUCAAUUAAGCAAAUAGUUUAAUUUCAAUUAAAAACUGUUAUUCUAUGGAUGUCAGAUUUUAGUGUGUUACUGAAUUCACUUUUGUUUAAAUUUAAUCUACUUAAGUAUGUAAUUAUUUAUGUAAUUUAUUUGUUGUUUUAUUGUAAUUGUUAUUGAAUAACUAUGUAAAUAUAUGUAUGCACAUAUUAUAAAUUACGUACAUUAUAACACUUAGGUAUGGUGUUCCAAUAAAAAUUGUUACUAAAAAAAAUUGCAAGAGUACAGCAGAAUUUUAGAUGGGCAGAUGCCAAGUAAGCAAAACGUAGCAACUGUAAGUUCCUUUAUUAUUGAAAGAUUUCAUUUGAUCAUUUUCAAAUAUAAUAUACCAACUAAAGAAAUACUGUAUUUAUUAAUUUCCUGAACCUUUUUGUAUAAAUUUAUUUAUUUAUAAUUAAAUAUUAUGCGUAACUCGUUAUAUACAUGUGUAAAUCGAAUGAAACUGGCUUUCGAAUAAACCGCAUAUUAAUCCAUUGUGAGAUAAUUGAGAAGUGUUAAUCAUAAAAUAUAUAUGUAUAGAGUUUUUUCUCAAGUCAAAUACAAGUACGUUAUAGUAAUAUUAUAGAACUUCGAAAAUUACGUAACAGAGACGAGAGCAGUGAAGUGUGGAUAAAACAUUUUAAUACAUCUCAACACUUUAAAACUUCAACCUUCGUUCUAAUAAAGGAAUUUCCAUUAAGAACAAUA